AUGACGGAACUGUUGGCCCAAUCGGGGGUCAAACACAACCGCAUUAUAGGCGUCGACAUCGACCCCGAGAUGACUGCAUUCGCCCAACAGAACUGCAGAUCCGUGUAUUCCGUGGAGUAUUGGACACAAGACAUGAGCCUAUCGUGGGAUGAGUUGACGCCCCGUAUGAGGGAACUGGAGGGCAGAGUAUCACUCAUUGUCUCCAAUAUAGCUCUCCAUUGGAUGAAAAAUAAAAGUCAAUUAAUGGCUGUUUUAUGCAGACUGUUGGCUACGGGGGCAGCAAUUGUAGCGCACAUCGGAACCUUCGAAUUAAAUAAAUUGAGCUCAACUGUGAGUAACAAAUUAGACCAAGGUGCAUAUCUAAAAGAUGUCGCCCAAUGGAGGGACGUAUGUUUAGCAUCGGAAUUGUCAGUGCAAACGUGCGAUUUAUUUGAAGUGGUUUUCCGCCUCACAAGGAAACAGGCGUUAGAGACGUUUACUAUACCAUUGGUGGAGAUGACACCCGCCAAUCAAUUGCGACGGAACUUGAUGUUCGACCGAAUGGUGCGCCCGAACGCCAAACACCCGAACCUUCGCGCGUGGGAUGAGAUGGCGGUCGAUGAGUCGGUCCGGGAACUGGAUCUUCACAAACAAUUCGUGCGAAUGUAUUGCCACAAGAAAUGA